AUGGCUUCGAGUAUAGCUCGUGCUGGACUGUUGGCUGGCAAAGUGUCAAUAAUUACAGGAGCCUCGUCCGGCUUGGGGCAAGCCAUGGCACUGGAGUUUGCCAAGCAGGGCGCCACUGUCGUUUGUGCCGAUAAAACACCUGCCUUCAAAGGAAAUCAGAACCAACUCACACAUGAGACAAUAUGUGAACAAGGGGGUAGGGCAAUAUUUGUUUCGACAGACGUCGCAGACCAGAAUGACAUGCUGAAGCUCAUGCGAGAUUCGGGAAAUCAGUUUGGACGGAUUGACAUAAUGGUCAAUAAUGCUGGCAUUGCUCCCGAGGCUUCUGAGCCGCGACCGAUCUGGGAGACAUCUCUACAGACGUUUGAACGAACCUGGGGGGUCAACAUGCGCGGCGUCUUUCUCGGCUGCAAACUUGCUGGAGCCCAGAUGAUGCGUCAGCAGAGAAUCUCUGGCGACGGUAGGGCUGGCACUAUCAUCAACAUCGGAUCUAUACUUGGCGUGUUGGGAAAAGCAGGCACGCCUGCAUAUUCGGCCACCAAGGGGGCCGUAAUCGCUUUUACACGAGCAGUAGCUAUGGACUAUGCUCCGCACGGCAUCCACUGCAACUCGAUCCUUCCGGGAUUCACACGAACCGCAAUGAUCUCGGCUAUGACAGAUAACGUUGAAAUCGAGCGAGAGAUGGCACAACGACAUCCUCUCAAGCACCUUGGCAAGCCACAAGACAUUGCAAGUGCUGCUGUAUUUCUCGCGAGUAACAUGUCGAAUGGGAUUACAGGCCUGAACUUGUCUGUGGAUGGCGGAUUACAUAGUCAACUAAGCGUGUAG